CUAAACUUUGCUUAACUUUGCCGCACGCUACCACUCCCCCGUUUCAAAACAAACCGAAAUCCUGAGUCCUGACUCAUCAUCAGUCGUAGUGAAACAAACAUCCUUUCACCUUCCUUCUUCUCCAAGAAUCUCACAAAACUCCCAUAAAUCUCGCAACUUUUUUAUUACACCGUUGUAAUCUCUCUCUCUCUCUCUCUCUCUCUAAAAUUCAAACAAUGGGACAGCAAGUGAACCCCAAAGACGCCCUAUCCAAACCCUCCUCAAUCGGCUCCUCCGUGAUCCCUAUCAUCAACAAGCUCCAAGACAUCUUCGCCCCAAUCAAUGGCGGUGGCGAACUUCACUCGAGGGUCCAGUUGCCUCAGGUGGCGGUCGUCGGGAGCCAGAGCAGCGGCAAGUCCAGUGUGCUCGAGGCGCUCGUCGGCCGCGACUUCCUCCCCCGCGGCUGCGACAUAUGCACGCGCAGGCCGCUGGUUUUGCAGCUGGAGAACCGGCCGGCCGAGGAGAGGGAGUGGGGCGAGUUCCGGCACUUGCCUGGGAAGCGGUUCUACGACUUCUCGCAGAUUCGAAGAGAAAUUCAGGCUGAGACUGAAAGAGAAGUUGGAUACAACAAAGGAGUUUCAGACAAACAAAUUCGCCUAAAGAUUUCAUCUUCAAAGGUUCUUAAUAUCACUCUUGUGGAUCUACCUGGGAUAACUAAGGUUCCUGUGGGAGAUCAACCCAGUGAUAUAGAAGCGAGGAUUAGGAAGAUGAUAAUGGCUUAUAUAAAGCAAGAAGCCUGUAUCAUAUUAGCAGUUAGUCCUGCAAAUUCUGAUCUGGCAACAUCUGAUGCACUGCAGAUGGCUAAAGAGGCAGAUCCAACUGGUUCCCGGACAAUUGGAGUAAUUACGAAGCUGGAUAUAAUGGACCGGGGAACGAACGCGCGCAACUUUCUGCUUGGAAACAUUGUCCCACUUCGCCUAGGUUAUGUUGGUGUUGUAAAUCGCAGUCAGGAGGACAUAAAUAAGAACCGCAGCAUUGCAGAAGCACUUGCAUAUGAGGAGCAGUUCUUCCAUGAUAAUCCUAUAUAUAAUGGUCUUGCUGAUCGCUGUGGCAUCCCCCAGCUAGCAAAAAAGUUGAAUCAGAUUCUGGAGCAGCAUAUUCAGACUGUUCUGCCUGGGUUGAAGGCUGAGCUUAAUUCUCAUUUGCUCCUUGUUGUCAAAGAGCUUCGUACUUAUGGCGAGGCUAUGGAAUCAAAAGCUGAACAAGGAGCUGUUCUACUGAAUAUUCUGACAAAGUAUUGUGAAGCUUUUUCUGCAAUGGUGGAUGGGAAAAGUCAAGAAAUGUCAACCAAAGAGUUGUUUGGGGGAGCUAGAAUCCACUACAUCUUUCAAUCAAUUUUUGUAAAGAGCUUGGAGGAAGUGGAUCCUUGUGACGAUUUGACUAAUGAGGACAUUAGAACGGCUAUCCAAAAUGCUACUGGUCCUAGAAAUGCUUUAUUUGUGCCUGAGGUGCCAUUUGAAGUUUUGGUUAGAAGACAAAUUGCUCGGCUGUUGGAUCCUAGUCUUCAAUGUUUACGACUUGUCUAUGAUGAACUAAUAAAGAUAACCCGUACUCGUGAGGCAAUGGAGAUUCAUAGAUUUCCAUUACUACGAAGGCGUUUGGACGAAGUCAUGGGGAAGUUCUUGCGUGAUGGUGUGAAACCAGCUGAAAGAAUGAUUGGAAACAUUAUUGAGAUGGAGAUGGAUUACAUAAAUUGUUCACACCCGAAUUUUAUUGGAGGGAACAAAGCUGUUGAGCUUGCUAUGCUGCAACAGAGAUCUUUUCAGGAUGUCAAUGAUGUUGAGAAAGUACCCACAUCAGAGAGGGGCCAGAAGUCUCGAUCUGUCCUGCCUAAGUCUGUUCUGAAUGGAGUUUUGCCUACCCAGGGAACUCGUCCUCAGUCUAACAAUGGUAGACCUGUAUCAGUUGGUAAUUCAUCCGCCAGGACUUGGGGUAUCUCCUCUAUAUUUGGGAGUCGAGCAUCGUCUGCAGAUUGUUCAGCUAUGAGCUCUCUUGGUGAAACAGUACAUGAUGUUGAGCAGAUGCCUUCUGUGAUUCAAUUGAGGGAGCCCCCUGCCGUCUUAAGGCCAGCAGAAACACAAACAAAUGGUGAAGCGGUGGAAGUAAAAAUAACCAAAUUGCUCUUGAGCUCUUACUAUGACAUUGUCAGAAAGAACAUUCAAGACUUGGUUCCAAAAGCUAUAAUGCAUUUUCUGGUCAACCAUACGAAAAGGGAUCUUCUUAAUACCUUUAUACAGAAAUUGUACAGAGAGAACCUUUUUGAAGAGAUGUUGCAGGAGCACGAUGAGUUGGUCACAAAAAGAAAACGGACAAGGGAGCUAUUCCAUGUUCUGCAACAAGCUGUUCAGACUCUUGAUGAGGUUGAAGCUGACGUGUUUUCGCGAGAUUCAAGGUCAGGUUCUGAUACUACCGCUGGAUUGCCAAGGAUCCCAGGCCUUUCAUCCAAUAUCUAUGUACCAUCAAAUGGUGAGAACAAGGCAACUUACAUGUCACCGUCUGCAAACUCUGCACAUUACAAAUUAUUCCCAUCUUGAGAGCAGUCGUUGCCUUGCAACUCGAAUGGUGUGCUUCACCCAUACUAAGGUGGUUGGGUUUAAUAUCCUAUCCUUUAGUUUGGUGAAUUUUGCUAUAUCUGUUGCCGUAUAUAAUAUGUUGAGCUGGGAUCACAUAAUGGGGAAGAUUUGAACUUAUGGAUGGUAAUCAGGUUGCACCAUGAUGAGUAAUUGUAGAUGGAGGUUGGUUCCAGUAUAUUUCUUUACUUUUAGGUAUACAUAAAUUGUGCUUGUAUAUAUAUAUAUAGAUGCAUGUGCUUGAAAAGAAACUCAACGACCAAUUUUGAUUGGUGUUUCUGGGACUUUACUUUUGUGCUCUUGCUUGCAAAUCAAUCGGAAAACGGAACCUCAUUUUCCAUUUCAAAUGAAAUUGCUUUAAGAUUUCUGACUUCAAA